AUGCAUCUUCUCCUCUCCCUCUCUGCAGACCAGAGGAUUGGGACAUGUUUCUCUGCGCUGAUCGGGGGCCGCUGUGCUGGGGACCUCCCUGGCCAGUACACCAAGAUGCAGUGCUGCUGUGACUCGGGGCGUUGCUGGGCCAUUGGUCAGACUCCAGAGAUGUGUCCUGUCCGGGGGUCUGAUGAGUACCGCAGGCUUUGCAUCGAAGGACUCCCAGUCGUGCCAGGGUUCCCUGGGAGCUUUCCAGGAAUUCCUGGAUUCGGGCCCAAUGGUGUUGGGCCGGGACUCAACGGACCUGGAGGCAUCGGACCAAAUGGGGCAAAUGGACAAGGCGGGAUCCCAGGUCUGCCUGGAAUGGGCCCAGGAAGUUCAAGCAUUGGAACCGCCACUUUGAAUCAGACCAUUGACAUCUGCAAGCAUUUCACUAACCUCUGCCUGAACGGACGCUGCAUCCCCACCCCGUCCAGCUACCGCUGCGAGUGCAACAUGGGGUACAAGCAGGACGUGCGGGGAGAGUGCAUUGAUGUGGAUGAGUGCUCCAGCAGCCCCUGCGUGCACGGGGACUGUGUGAACACACCUGGCUCCUACCACUGCAAGUGCCACGAGGGCUUCCAGAGCACGCCCACGAAGCAGGCUUGCAUCGAUAUUGAUGAGUGCAUCAUGAAUGGAGUGAUGUGUAGGAACGGCCGCUGUGUUAACACUGAUGGCAGCUUCCAGUGUAUCUGCAAUGCUGGCUUUGAAAUCACCCCUGAUGGCAAGAACUGUGUUGAUCAUGACGAAUGUGCCACGACCAACAUGUGCCUCAACGGGAUGUGUAUCAAUGAGGAUGGCAGCUUCAAAUGUAUCUGCAAGCCUGGUUUUGUGCUGGCUCCCAACGGGCGGUACUGUGUUGACAUCGAUGAGUGCGAGACGCCAGGAAUCUGUAUGAAUGGCUGGUGCAUUAACACAGAGGGCUCUUUCCGCUGCGAGUGCCUCGGGGGCCUGGCUAUCGGGGUGGAUGGACGAGUCUGCGUGGACACCCACAUGCGCAGUACCUGCUAUGGAGGCAUUAAAAAGGGCACGUGCGCUCGUCCCUUUCCAGGAGCAGUCACCAAGUCUGAGUGCUGCUGUGCUAACCCAGACCAUGGCUUCGGAGAGCCCUGCCAACCCUGUCCGGCCAAAAACUCUGCUGAAUUCCAGGCUCUCUGCAGCAGCGGCAUCGGAAUAACAGCUGAUGGCAGAGACAUCAAUGAAUGUGCCCUCAACCCAGACAUCUGCCCCAACGGCAUGUGUGAGAACCUGCGUGGAAGCUACCGCUGUAUCUGCAACCUGGGCUACGAGUCAGAUCCCACGGGCAAGAACUGCGUGGACGUCGAUGAAUGCACCGUCAAUCGAUUGCUGUGUGACAAUGGACUGUGCCGCAACACACCCGGCAGCUACACCUGCACCUGCCCCAAGGGCUUUGUCUUCAGGACGGAGACAGAUACCUGCGAAGAUAUCAACGAGUGCACCUCUAACCCUUGUGUGAACGGUGUCUGCAGGAACAAUGCUGGCUCCUUUGCUUGCGAGUGCUCCCCAGGCAGCAAGCUGGACCCCAGUGGCACCAUCUGCGUGGACAGCAUGAAAGGGACGUGCUGGCUGAACAUCCAGGAUGGGCGUUGCGAGGUGAACAUCAACGGGGCCACACUGAAAUCGGAGUGCUGUGCCACGCUGGGGGCAGCGUGGGGCAGCCCCUGUGAGCGCUGUGAGAUCGAUACUGCCUGCCCCCGGGGAUAUGCUAGGAUGAAGGGGGUCACGUGUGAAGAUGUGAAUGAGUGCGAGGUCUUCCCUGGCGUCUGCCCAAACGGACGCUGUGUGAACACGGCUGGCUCCUUUCGGUGCGAGUGUCCAGAAGGGCUGACCCUUGACGGCACUGCUAGGACAUGUGUGGACGUGCGUGUGGAACAGUGCUAUAUGAAAUGGGAUGAAGAUGAGUGCACGGAGCCUCUGCCAGGCAAGUACCGGAUCGACAUGUGCUGCUGUUCUGUGGGCUCAGCCUGGGGCAUCGAUUGUGAAGAGUGUCCCAAGGUCGGCUCCAGCGAGUACAAGGCCAUCUGCCCAAGGGGACCCGGCUUUGCCAACCGAGGAGACGUGCUUUCAGGAAGGCCCUUCUACAAAGAUGUGAAUGAAUGUAAGGUCUUCUCUGGCCUGUGCACUCAUGGGACCUGUCGAAACACCAUUGGAAGCUUCAGAUGUAUCUGUGGCAAUGGCUUUGCUUUGGAUGCUGAGGAAAGGAACUGCACAGACAUCGAUGAGUGCCGCAUCUCACCAGACCUGUGUGGCCAUGGCACCUGUGUCAACACGCCUGGCAGCUUCGAGUGUGAGUGCUUCGAAGGCUACGAGAGUGGCUUCAUGAUGAUGAAGAACUGCAUGGAUAUCAAUGAGUGUGAGCGGGACCCACUGCUGUGCCGAGGUGGGAUCUGCAUGAACACAGAUGGCAGCUUUGAAUGCAUCUGCCCCCCUGGACAUGAGCUGACUUCUGAAGGGAACACUUGCAUAGAUAUCAAUGAAUGCUCCCUUAGUGACAACCUGUGUCGCAACGGACGCUGUGUCAACGUCAUUGGUACCUACCAGUGCGCAUGUGAUUCGGGCUUCCAGACCACACUGGACAGGCAGGGCUGUGUCGACAUUGAUGAGUGCACCAUAACCAACGGCGGCUGUGACACGCACUGCUCCAACUCAGAGGGCAGCUACGAAUGCAGCUGCAGUGAAGGCUACGCAUUGAUGCCCGACAAGAGAUCGUGUGCAGAUAUUGAUGAAUGUGAGGAUAACCCAGACAUCUGUGAUGGUGGGCAGUGCACUAACAUCCCUGGAGAGUACCGCUGCCUCUGCUUCGAUGGUUUCAUGGCGUCCCUGGACAUGAAGACCUGUAUUGAUGUGAAUGAAUGUGAUCUCAACCCUAACAUCUGCCUGCACGGCGAGUGUGAAAACACAAAGGGCUCCUUCAUCUGUCACUGCCAGCUGGGCUACUUCGUCAAGAAGGGGACCACAGGCUGCACAGACAUUGACGAAUGUGAGAUCGGGGCUCACAACUGCGACAUGCACGCCUCCUGCAUCAACGUGCCUGGGAGCUUCAAAUGCAAGUGUCGCACGGGCUGGCUUGGAGAUGGGCUGAAGUGCAACGACCUGGACGAGUGUGCAACUGAGGAGCACAAGUGCAACCUGAAUGCCAACUGUGUCAACACACCAGGCUCCUACCGCUGUGCCUGCCGAGAAGGCUUCAACGGGGAUGGCUUCUCUUGCUCAGAUGUGGAUGAGUGUGCGGACAAUGUGAACCUGUGUGAGAAUGGACAGUGUCUCAAUGCACCUGGGGGUUACCGCUGCGAGUGUGAGAUGGGCUUCAAUCCCACAGAGGACAGCAAGGCCUGCCAGGACAUCGAUGAAUGCACCUUCCAGAAUAUCUGUGUCUUUGGGACCUGCCAGAACCUGCCUGGCAUGUUCCGCUGCGCCUGUGAUGAUGGCUAUGAACUGGACAGGAGUGGAGGCAACUGCACAGACAUUAAUGAAUGUGCAGACCCUGUGAACUGUAUCAACGGGCUGUGUGUCAACACCCCUGGCAGCUACCUGUGCAACUGCCCACAGGACUUCGAGCUGAACCCCACUGGUGUGGGCUGUGUGGAUACUCGUGUUGGGAACUGCUUCCUGGACACCCAGGAUCGAGGAGAUGGUGGAAUCUCCUGCAGCGCGGAAAUUGGAGUUGGGGUCACUCGGGCAUCCUGCUGCUGCUCGCUGGGUCGUGCAUGGGGCAACCCCUGCGAGCUUUGUCCUCCAGCCAACACCACCGAGUACAAGACCUUGUGCCCUGGAGGAGAAGGUUUCCGGCCCAACCCCAUCACUGUCAUCCUGGAAGAUAUCGACGAGUGCCAGGAGCUGCCAGGCCUCUGCCAAGGUGGCAACUGCGUGAACACUUUUGGCAGCUUCCAGUGCGAGUGUCCCCUCGGCUACUACCUCAAUGAGGACACGCGCAUCUGUGAAGAUAUUGAUGAGUGCUCUGCCCACAUUGGGAUCUGCGGCCCCGGGACAUGCUACAACACCCUUGGCAACUACACCUGCGUGUGCCCCCCUGAAUACAUGCAAGUCAAUGGAGGAAAUAACUGCAUGGACGAGCGGACGAGCGUGUGCUAUCGCAACUACAACGACACGUGUGAGAACGAGCUCUCCUUCAACAUGACCAAGAAGAUGUGCUGCUGCUCCUACAACAUUGGCAAGGCCUGGAACAAGCCAUGCGAGCCCUGCCCCACGCCGGCUAGCCCUGAGUACCAGAUCCUCUGUGGGAACCAGGCCCCCGGGUUUAUCAUCGACAUCCACACAGGAAAACCGAUCGAUAUUGAUGAGUGCAGUGAGAUCCCUGCUAUCUGCACGAAUGGUGUCUGCAUCAACCAAAUUGGCAGCUUCAGGUGCGAGUGUCCCAUUGGAUUCAGCUACAACAACAUCCUGCUCAUCUGCGAAGACAUCGACGAAUGCAGCAGUGGGGAGAACCUCUGCCAGCGCAACGCCGACUGCAUCAACAUCCCGGGCAGUUACAGGUGCGAAUGCUCAACUGGAUACAAGCUGUCGCCUAGCGGAGCCUGCGUGGGUCGCAAUGAAUGCCAGGAGAUCCCCAACGUCUGCAGCCACGGCGACUGCGUUGACACCGAGCGCAGGUACGUCCGCCUCUGCCACAACGGCUUCAAGGCCACGGGGGAGCAGACCAUGUGCAUGGAUAUUGAUGAGUGUGACCGGCAGCCCUGUGGAAACGGGACCUGCAAGAACACAGUCGGCUCCUACAACUGCCUCUGCUUCCCUGGCUUUGAGCUAACACACAAUAAUGACUGCAUGGACAUUGAUGAGUGUUCAUCCCUGGUGGGACAGGUGUGUCGGAAUGGCCAGUGCAUCAACAGCAUCGGCUCCUUCCAGUGCCUGUGCCAAGAGGGGUAUGACCGGACCCCUGAUGGGAAGAACUGUGUAGACAUCAACGAGUGCGUGAGCCUGCCUGGGACCUGCUCUCCGGGCACCUGCCAGAACCUGGAGGGCUCCUUCCGCUGUAUCUGCCCCCCUGGGUACGAGGUGCAGAACGACAACUGCAUCGAUAUCAACGAGUGUGAAGAGGAGCCCAACAUCUGCCUCUUCGGGACAUGCACCAAUACCCCUGGCAGCUUCCAGUGUGUCUGCCCUCCAGGCUUUGUGCUGUCUGAUAACGGCCGACGGUGCUUCGAUACUCGCCAGAGCUUCUGCUUCACUCGCUUCGACAACGGAAAGUGCUCUGUCCCCAAGGCCUUCAACACCACCAAGGCUCGGUGUUGCUGCAGCAAGAUGCCAGGAGAAGGCUGGGGAGACCCCUGUGAGCUGUGUCCCCAGGAAGGAAACGUUGCCUUCCAGGAGUUGUGUCCGUAUGGCCAUGGAGCCAUCCCAGGCCCAGGUGACACCCGAGAAGAUGUUAAUGAAUGCUCAGAGAACCUGGGUGUCUGCAUAAAUGGAGCCUGCAUUAACACUGACGGGUCCUUCCGCUGCGAGUGCCCCUUUGGGUACAACCUGGACUACACAGGAGUCAACUGCGUGGAUACCGAUGAGUGCUCCAUUGGCAACCCUUGUGGAAACGGCACCUGCACCAACGUGGUGGGAGGCUUCGAGUGCGCCUGUGAUGAGGGCUUUGAGCCAGGUCCCAUGAUGACGUGUGAAGAUAUCAACGAGUGCGCGCUGAAUCCCCUGCUCUGUGCCUUCCGCUGCAUCAACACCUUUGGCUCUUACGAGUGCACCUGCCCAUCUGGCUACGCCCUCCGAGAAGACAGAAGAAUGUGCAGAGAUCUGGAUGAGUGUGCAGAGGGACUGCACGACUGUGAGUCUCGAGGGAUGCUGUGCAAGAAUCUCAUUGGCACCUUCAUGUGCAUCUGCCCACCAGGAAUGCAACGCAGGCCCGAUGGAGAGGGCUGCACAGAUGAGAACGAGUGUCGCACCAAGCCUGGAAUCUGCCCCAAUGGCCGCUGCAUCAAUACGGUGGGAAGUUACCGCUGUGACUGCAAUGAAGGUUUUGAAGUCAGUCCCUCUGGCACAGAGUGUAUUGACACCCGCCAAGGAUUCUGCUUCACUGAAGUACUGCAAACCAUGUGCCAGAUGUCCUCCACCAACCGCAACCUGGUCACCAAAUCCGAGUGCUGCUGCAACAGUGGGCGCAGCUGGGGCCCCCAGUGUGAACUCUGCCCCCUUCCUGGCACUGCCCAGUACAAGAAAAUGUGUCCUCAUGGGCCAGGGUACUCCACUGACGGGAGAGACAUCGACGAGUGCAAGGUGCUGCCCAACCUCUGCAAGAAUGGACAGUGCAUCAACAGCAUCGGCUCCUUCCGCUGCCACUGCAGGCUGGGCUACACAGCAGAUAUCACGGGCACAGCCUGUGUGGAUUUGGAUGAGUGCAACCAGUCCCCUAAGCCGUGUAACUUCAUCUGCAAGAACACAGAAGGCAGCUACCAGUGCUCCUGCCCCCGCGGGUACAUUCUGCAAGAAGAUGGAAAGAUCUGCAAAGACUUGGAUGAGUGUUCCACCAAGCAGCAUAACUGCCAGUUCCUCUGUGUGAACAUUAUCGGAGGAUUCAACUGCAAAUGCCCCCCAGGCUUCACUCAGCACCACUCGUCCUGCAUUGACAAUAAUGAGUGCACAGCUCAGCCCUCUCUGUGUGGAGCCAAAGGACAGUGUCUGAACACGCCAGGCAGCUACAACUGCGAGUGCCAGAAAGGAUUCUCCCUGGACAGCUCUGGUGUCAACUGCGAAGAUGUGGAUGAGUGUGAUGGAAACCAUCGGUGCCAGCAUGGCUGCCAGAACGUGCUCGGAGGCUACCGCUGCGGCUGUCCACAGGGCUACGUGCAGCACUACCAGUGGAAUCAGUGUGUGGAUGAAAACGAGUGCUCCAGCCCUACUGCCUGCGGCUCUGCCUCCUGCUACAACACUCUGGGAAGUUUCAAGUGUGUCUGCCCAUCUGGCUUUGAUUUUGACCAAGCCUUUGGUGGGUGCCAGGAUGUGGAUGAAUGCUCAGCAGGCGGCAGCCCCUGCAGUUACGGCUGCUCCAACACAGACGGAGGCUACCUCUGCGGCUGUCCUGGUGGCUACUUCCGAGCAGGACAAGGACACUGUAUUUCUGGCUUGGGCUUUGGGAAAGGUUCCUACCUUCCUGCCCCCCAAGAAGAGGAUGAAGACAACCUGCUCUCCCCUGAAACCUGCUAUGAGUGCAAGAUAAAUGGCUACCCCAAGAGGGGUCGGCAGCGACGCAGUGUCAAUGGCACUGAGAAGCACCAGGAUCACACUGUGAACUUGGCCAGCAUGGAUGUGGAUGCUCCUCUGUCCAUGAUGCUGAACCUCUCUGACCUGGCUCACAAGGAGCACAUCCUGGAGCUCCUGCCAGCUGUGGAGCCCCUGGAGAACCGUGUGCGGUACCUAAUCUCCCACGGGAAUGAGGAUGGCUACUUCCGCAUCCACCAAAAAGAGGGGCUCAGCUACCUGCACCUCGGCCGCAAGAAAAUAAUGCCUGGCACCUACCUGCUGGAAAUCGUGAGCGUGCCCCUGUACCGCAAGAGGGAACUGCAGAAACUAGAGGCCAAGAACCACCUCAACUACUUAGCAGGGGAGCUGGGCCAAGCACUGAGGAUGAAGCUCCAGCUCCAGCUCUACUAA